AUGUCAUCAGCACCAACCUUUGCCACCCCUCUCGUACAGAGCACCCGCUCCUCCAUCCUGCAAUAUACAUUCCCCAAGCCGCACCAUAACCUCGUUCUCACCGGCCGGUCCCGCGCAGCGUGGCACACGUCCUUCGUCAUCCCUCAGCUGGACGUCCUUCUAGACGCCGGGCUGUGCGUGAACAAGCUCCGGCCGCGCAACGUCUUCAUCACCCACGGCCACAGCGACCACACCCUCGUGACGCCCGCCUUCGUGCAGACCCAGGACCCGCCGGACGUCUACUGCCCGUCCGAGGUGGAGCCCGUGCUGGAGGGCUACAUCGUCGCGCACAAGCGCCUCGACAAGGGCGGCGUCGUCCCCGAAGGCGUGGCCGUCAACCACCGCCACCGGAUGCACGGCGUGCGCCACGGCACCGUCGUCGACCUCGGAUCCCAGGCCGGCAUCACCGUCACCGCCUUCGACUGCGACCACACCGUCCCCUGCCUGGGCUACCUCUUCAGCUCGACCACCCGCCGCCUCAGGGCCGAGUACGUCGGCCUGCCCGCCGCCGAGAUCAAGCGCAUCAGGCACGAGGUUGGGGGCGCCGACAACAUGACCGCCCCCUUCACCAGACCCGUCUUCGCAUUCCUGGGGGACACCACCGCCGCCACGCUCGCCGCCGCGCCGGACUGGCUCGCCGAGGGGGAGGGGAUCCCCGUCGUCAUCACCGAGUGCAGCUUCCUCCGGGACGAGCACUACGCCCAGGCCCAGAAGACGAAACAUACUGCCUGGAAGGACCUCGAGCCCGUGGUGCGGAGGUGGCCGCGUACGACCUUUGUCCUUACGCAUUUCAGUAUGCGUUAUAGUGAUAGGGAAGUAGUCGACUUCUUCAAGGGUCUGGACCAUUGUCCUUCUAAUAUUGUCAUCUGGGCGGACGGGGAGGCUUAA